GUCAACGAUCUCUACAAAUACAUAUGCGCUUGCUACGAGUUUAAGGAUCUAGAUCAUCUCGACAGGAACUAACGAGUAGAUCAACAAUGCAGCUCAGAACUAUUUUCGCUGGAGUUUUCUUGGCCAUGGCGAACGCAGCGUUGAUUCUGGAAAGACUCAAUGAUGUAUUACUGGCACAAGGGGUCUACGAUUUUAAGGUAACGCUAACGUAUAAGAGUCUUGUAGAGGAUCAAGCAGAAUUAGAAUCGGCACUAAAUGCUUUUAAUGAAACCUGUACAGCGCUAAUAGAAAGAAUUCCUAAUUUGAAAUGCGGGGUCAUAACCUCGGUUUGGAGCAAAGACACUAGUGACAUUGCGAACAUAAACACGUACAUCAGGUAUUUCUUUAAAACAAGAACACCAAGAGGGUUUUGGUCAGCAAUUGGAGCAAUGGACUCCGACGACAGAACUAGAAUUGACGAAAAUAUGGAUAAACUUAGACGAAACGAAGAAAGAUUCAACAAAAAUACAGAACAUCAAGCGUCAGCAAUCGAAAAAAUAUACAAUUUCGUGAGCAACUCAACAAUCACCAUGAAUAAGGCAGUCGAAAGCAACAAUAAAAAUUUCGAAUCUUUAAAAACAGAAAUCAGGAACACUCUUAACAGAGCCAAUGACAGAGAUAAAGACCUAUACCUAGAAGCAACGCUCAUGGAGAUAGGCAUGUGGUAUAACAGUAUGAGACAAAACUUAAAACUAAAACAAAAAACGUGGAUAGCAAUAUUACACGCAGAAAACACAAAGAGCCUCGACCUAGCGGAAAUAAUAAACCCAGUACAACUAAUCCGAACAUUAGACAGUGAGGAAGCAACGCUGAACGACAACCUUACUUUCCCGAGAAGAGCAGACGGGGCAAUUAUGCCAGAGAUAUUAAAUACACUUCAUUACUACGUAAACCUCACCAACGACUUAGAUAUAAUUAUGACACUUCAAAUUCCGCUCGUGAAAAAAAGCAAAUGGUAUGCGUAUAAAGGCACAAUCGAGCCAAGCAUAACCGGAAACAUAUUGACAAUAUUGCACUUAGAGGAAGACAUAAUAAUAAAACAAGAAAACAACUGGGGAUAUGUAUUAACCCAGGCAGAUUAUGACAACUGCGAUAGAAUAGGAGACACUAGGCUUUGUAAAUUAAGCAAUAUAGAAAGAGACCUCAAACAAGAGGACACAUGUAUGGCCGCGCUAUAUUUUAGAAACAUAACGACGACAUGCAAAACAAAAGUGCUGCAGUUGAACCACGACAUAUGGUUGGAAACUGCAAAUAGAAACAUAUGGACGUAUUUUACACCUAACAAAUUGAAGGUAUCCGUUUUCACGGGAAAGAACGUUACGGAAACUACAAUACAAGGCAAAGGAAAUAUAAAAUUACUGCCGGACAUGAUGAUACAGACGGAUAGUAUAAGAAUUACACACUUCAGUGAAACACAAGGUGAAACAAAAUUAACAUACCACAUACCACAUACGGACAUACCAAAUAUUUGGAAGGAUAAGGGGAUACCGUCUCUUUCAAAACAUUCGGCAGAACAGGAAGCGAUCACCCCAAACCAUUUUCUGCUGGGAUCUUCCGCUGCCGUAACUCAGCCCACUGUUGACUUAGCAGAUACCACUAAAGCAGUUCGGAGCACAUGGCACUUGAUCCAGUAUAACCUUGACCACUUCUGUCGCCGUUGGAUACGUGAAUAUUUACCCACGUUAACUAGAAGGACCAAGUGGUUUAGCGAUUCAAGGGCUGUGCAAAAGGGAGAUUUGGUCGUGGUAAUCGAUGAUACAAAGCGAAAUGGAUGGAUUCGAGGUAAGGUAUUGGAGGUCAUCCCAGAGAGAGAUGGCAGAAUAAAACAAGCAGUAGUUCAGACAUCUACUGGAGCAUUUCGGAGGCCUGAGUCCAAGCUGGCGAUUCUCGAGGUGAACCAGACCGAUAAAGAUGAGGCCGAUACCCAUCUUUACGGGGAGGGGACUGCUGGAACUGGCAGCCCUUCCUACACCACUACAGUGAAUGUAGUGGAAGUCAAUCGCAUCUGUCAACCUAGCAAUGCUACACGAGCACCAGAAUAG